GCCUCUUCUUCCGCCCGGGCCUGGUCUCCGCAGAGGAUCGGUUUCAGUCAUGUCGGCUGCGAUUGCAUCUCUAGCUGCGUCCUAUGGUUCGGGUUCAGGGUCCGAAUCGGACUCGGACAGUGAGGGCGAACGGUGUUCGCUGCCAGCUGCCGACUCCCUCAUGCACUUGACUAAAUCACCUUCGGCCAAGCGGUCUCUGGCAGUGGCGGUGGACUCGGCUCCGGAGGUGGCAGUUAAGGAAGAUUUGGAGACUGGAGUUCACCUUGACCCUGCGGUCAAAGAGGUUCAGUAUAAUCCUACCUAUGAGACCAUGUUUGCUCCCGAGUUUGGACCAGAAAAUCCCUUUAGGACACAGCAAAUGGCUGCCCCUAGAAAUAUGCUUUCUGGAUAUGCUGAACCAGCUCAUAUCAAUGACUUUAUGUUUGAACAACAAAGAAGAACUUUUGCCACCUAUGGUUAUGCAUUAGACCCUUCAUUAGAUAAUCACCAAGUGUCUACUAAAUAUAUUGGUUCUGUAGAAGAAGCUGAAAAAAAUCAAGGUUUAACUGUGUUUGAAACUGGUCAGAAAAAAAUAGAAAAGAGGAAAAAGUUCAAAGAAAAUGAUGCGUCUAAUAUUGAUGGUUUCUUGGGACCGUGGGCAAAAUAUGUGGAUGAAAAAGAUGUAGCCAAACCCUCAGAAGAAGAACAAAAAGAAUUAGAUGAAAUCACAGCAAAGAGGCAGAAAAAGGGCAAACAGGAAGAAGAGAAACCUGGGGAGGAGAAGACAAUCUUACAUGUUAAAGAAAUGUAUGACUACCAAGGCAGAUCCUAUCUUCACAUACCUCAAGAUGUUGGGGUUAAUCUGCGGUCUUCUGUGCCCCCUGAGAAGUGUUAUCUUCCCAAGAAACAAAUUCAUGUGUGGUCUGGACAUACAAAGGGCGUCAGCGCUGUCAGAUUAUUUCCUCUCUCUGGCCAUUUAUUGCUGUCUUGUUCCAUGGAUUGUAAAAUUAAGCUAUGGGAGGUUUAUGGAGACAGGCGCUGUCUACGAACAUUUAUUGGUCACAGUAAAGCUGUUAGGGACAUCUGCUUUAAUACUGCAGGGACACAGUUCCUCAGUGCUGCCUAUGACAGGUAUCUUAAGCUCUGGGACACGGAGACAGGACAGUGCAUAUCAAGAUUUACAAACCGAAAAGUGCCCUAUUGUGUCAAAUUCAAUCCUGAUGAAGAUAAGCAAAAUCUCUUUGUAGCUGGUAUGUCUGACAAAAAGAUUGUGCAGUGGGACAUUCGGAGUGGAGAAAUUGUGCAGGAGUACGACCGGCAUUUGGGCGCCGUCAACACCAUCGUUUUUGUGGACGAGAACAGGAGAUUCGUGAGCACCUCCGACGACAAGAGCCUCAGAGUUUGGGAAUGUUUUUAUGUCAUCCUUAAAGUCCAUGCUUUGAGACUGUCUUAUAACUACGAUCUUUCUUCCUUCAGAAAUGAAGUUACAUGCACAGAAUCUGAUAUGGACACCAAGUUUUAUACCUCAUUUAAUUCCCAUUUGCUAGCAGAGCCUUUCUCACCAAUCCUCACACGAGGAUCACCUCCUGUCCGUGAUCCCACACAGUGCUUUGCUUCCCACUGCUUCCCAGUGCUUGCGUAUUUGUUCCUCUUCCCUGACAAGUUCUUGAUCACUGGAGACCUGUGUCAGCCGUGCUCACAGUAUGUCCCCAGCGCCAGCACAGUGCCUGGCACGCCGUAUACACUGAGGAAAUGGCUAGCAUGCCAAUCAAUGGACAACCAAAUCUUAAUUUUCGGAGCACAGAACAGAUUUAGAUUAAAUAAGAAAAAAAUUUUUAAGGGCCAUAUGGUAGCAGGUUAUGCUUGUCAGGUGGACUUUUCACCAGACAUGAGCUAUGUGAUUUCAGGAGAUGGAAAUGGAAAAUUGAAUAUCUGGGACUGGAAGACCACAAAACUCUACAGUCGGUUUAAAGCUCAUGAUAAAGUGUGCAUCGGUGCAGUGUGGCAUCCUCAUGAAACCUCUAAAGUCAUCACAUGUGGUUGGGAUGGUCUCAUUAAAUUGUGGGAUUAAUGAGUUUAAUCCUUAUCUAGGGUCAUUUUUGAUCCAGUGUCAUAUUUAACUAUAUUUAAUUAUUAAAUGUGUUGGAUGACAACUUGAUUUACAAAUUAUGAUUUCCUUACAUGGCCUUAUGAAGUUGACCCAUUGGUUAAAAAAAAUUUUUUUUGUAAAUUUGUCUCAAAUAAUUUCAUUGGCAAUUUCAUUUUGUUCUUUAUAGAUGUUAUUUAUACAGAAAAUGACCAUUGACUUUCCAUUUAGUGAGUGGUUAUUGUUGGCAGUCAGUUGGGGUUUACCCCCUUGGUAUACUGGAAGGAUCUCUCUGGAAUUGAGGAAGAACCCCUGGUGUAUUUGGGGUUUUAAAGGAGGUAAUAAAAUUAACAACAAAUAGUUCUGAAAAGCACCAUAUGCUUACCUCUUCAACAAAAAGGGAAGUAAGGAACAGGAAUGACGUGAUUUAAUGUAAGUCUGAAAGAAGGAUAAAACCACCCACAAUUAUUGUUCCCAUUAUUUUUGGUGGGUCAAGUUCAAAUCUUUUGGAUUCAGGAAUUCUGCCAUUCUUUAUGAAAUAUAUUGUAUGUUUACUUGUAAGCCAGCAAUCCUCUCUGACUGCAGAUAUUCCUGUAAUUAUUAAACAGUAGAAAUAAACAGUCCAGAGUUCCUUCCUUGGCUUUCUUCCUGAUCAGUGUAGACAGGACUAUAUACAAUCAGAGAAUUAUGUUAUUUUUGAAGGUGAAACUCAAGAGGAUGAGAGAAGAGUCUGAAUUUUAUUUGUAUUUACUCUCUGUAAGGAUCUGACUAUACUUUCAGAAAUCAGGGUCUCCUAGGUCAUUGAUUCAUAGAUGUCACUACUGAAAUACUCUUCAUAGGAGAUAGGGUAUGAGGGCACCGUCCAAAAUGUCACCUUGUCAUUUCUUUGAAGUUGUAUGUUUUAUCUUUAAAAUUAUUCUGAUUUUGCUUGUGGAUAUAUUCAACAGAACUUUUUCAGAUCAGAAAAAAUUUUUAACUUCUUUCCAAAUCCUUCAGUAAAAUUGAUACCCCAGGAAGAUGGCUAGGGUUCCCUAGUUUGAGAAGCAAUAACUGUGGGUGGUUUAAAAAAAGAAAACAAAACAGAAAACUUUAAGUUUCAGAUUGUGACAUCAAGAUAGCCUCUUGAAUACAGUAGCUAAUAGCACUUUGGGUGACAAGCCAUUUCUUCUGGUUUAUUACUAAGAUAUUUGAACGUGCUUUGAAAUAUUUCAGUACCAUGCUUAAAAAGAUUGGUUCAUAGUAGCUCGGAGUCCCGCCUUGUAGACCAAAAUCAUGUUGAAUGUUCAUGUGCUAAGGGCAUUAGCUCUGAGUCCUGUGCUGUCAAUGGCAGUCUGUGCUCCUUGUGCUGAGAACUUCCAUUUUUAAAAAGGCCUGGUAUUGACGAACUGGCCUUAGAGCCACACAUAAAUAAAUCCCAAAGAAGAAAAUGGAAAACGAGAAUAAAAAUGGGAGACAUGUUCUUUUCGGACACAAACACUCAAAGAAAUAAGAAUACACUGCCUGGCCGCUGCCUUUCGGUAUCUGCCAGGCACUCACACAGGCCCUCUCCUCUAGUCCCAAGCCACUGGUUUUAACAAAUGUGUAUUACAGAAACGUGACGGGACAGAAAGAAUCAAUCAUACACUUAAACUUUGAUCUCGUCCAACAUCAGUAUUGUAUAUGUUACAAAUCAUAAUUUCUAAAUCUGGGUUUAUUUUAUUGUGUUUUUGACUGUUUCUAAACUAAGUAACUGUAUAUAAAAGUUGUCUCUUUUUUAAAAAGAUCGUAUUUUUAAAUAAAGCAUUUUUUUAGAAAGUGUUA